AUGCCUGCCCUUCUUUCCUGGCUCCGACGCCUUUACUCGCUCGAUACCCUCGACACUCGUUUUACGUCCACCGCCACCACUCCGGCCAACGCUGCCGCUGACUCGCGACCUCCCUCCGCGAAAGAUGCUCGCGCCAAUGCCAUUGCCCAGAAUGCACCUGCUCCCCUCUGGCGCACGCCGGAGUUCUUCGUCUAUUACCUUUUUUUCAUUACACUCGUUCCGUUGAUGUUCAAGACUGUUGUGGAUGCCUCGAAGGACACCCACCCGAUCUAUCCUACAUACUCCCAUCUUCUGUCACCAGGAUGGAUCCCUGGCCGUCUGGUGGACAACUCUGAUGCCCAAUAUGCGAGCUUCCGCGACAACAUCCCUUAUCUAUUGUUACUCCUUGUUGCCCAUCCGAUUGCCCGUCAAGUCUAUCAGUCUUUUACGAGUCGUUCAAGCCCUGAAUCCAAGCCCGCCCACCCCUCGGCGGCCGGUGAUGCGCAGCUGGAGCGACGAAUGCGCUUUGAUUUCGGAUUUGGAUUGAUCUUCGUUACCGCGCUUCACGGCGUCUCAGCCAUCAAAGUAUUACUGAUUCUGUUUAUCAACUACAAAAUUGGCAAGAGUCUUCCGCGGUCGUACGUCCCGGCGGCUACAUGGAUCUUCAAUAUCUCCACCUUGUUCGCCAACGAACUAUGCGGAGGGUACCAACUAGAAGCGAUCGCAACCAUAUUGUCUCCAGGAUCAGGCUCGCCUGGAGAGAAACACACAUUGCUUGUUGAAUGGGCGAAAGCACUCGAUAGCUUCGGAGGCAUUAUGCCUCGAUGGGAGGUCCUCUUCAAGGUUACUGUCUUGCGCUUGAUUAGUUUCAAUAUGGACCACUAUUGGAGCUUGGAAUACCCCGCAGGAAGUGCGAUCGAAAAACAGCUCGACCCCGCGAACCUGUCUGACCGAGACCGUGUCAAAAUCCCAGCCGAGCCCUCUGCGUUCAGCAUACGCAACUAUAUCGCCUACGUACUCUACUCGCCUCUGUACCUGGCUGGCCCCAUUAUGACUUUCAACGAUUACGUGUCACAACAACGCUACAAAGCACCCUCAGUGACAAGUACUCGAACCAUUCUCUAUGGAAUCCGUUUCCUCCUCACCUUGCUCUGCAUGGAGCUUAUCCUCCACUACAUCUACGCCGUAGCCAUUUCCAAGGCCUCACCCGAUUGGUCCCUGUUCACACCAGGCCAACUCAGCAUGCUAGCCUUUUUCAACCUCCACAUCAUCUGGCUGAAGCUGCUCAUUCCCUGGCGCUUCUUCCGUCUGUGGGCCCUCCUCGACGGAAUUGAUCCGCCGGAGAACAUGGUACGCUGCAUGUCCAACAACUAUUCUGCCUUUGCCUUCUGGCGUGGAUGGCACCGCUCUUACAACCGCUGGAUCGUCCGAUAUAUCUACGUGCCCCUCGGUGGAGGUGGUGGUGGACGGCGUCCCGCUGGAUCCAAACCAUCUUCAUCGCCGUCCCAGUCAGGCUUGAUGGCCAAGUUCCUACAGAUCCGCAACUUCCUCUUGGUGUUUACUUUCGUUGCGUUGUGGCAUGAUAUCAACCUGCGUCUGUUGAUGUGGAGCUGGCUCAUCACGCUCUUCGUUUUGCCCGAAGUCGUCGGCGGUAUGCUGUUCCCAGCUAGUCGCUGGCGCUCGCGGCCCACCGCGUACCGAGUCCUGAGUGGCAUUGGAUCGGUGGGCAAUGUACUCAUGAUGAUGAUUGCCAAUCUGGUCGGCUUUGCACUUGGACUGGAUGGCUUGCAGAACUUGCUUAAUAGCCUGACGGGCUCGUACUCGGGUGUCGCAUAUAUGAUCUCAUGCUGUGUGGUGCUGUUCGUUGGAGUACAGGUCAUGUUUGAGAUUCGCGAGGAUGAGCUGCGGGCAGGUAUCAACCUGAAGUGUUGA